AUGAUUCCACGAAAGAAGUCCAAGCCAAGUACACAGGCCCCUGCCGAUACUACCUCAGACCAGCAUGUAGCCGACUCGACAUCUUCAGUCGGUACAACGACUCCUACCUCCACCGGCUCACUAACCCCCCGCGGCAGCAGAUGGCUAUCAGGUUCGGGUAGCUGGCGGUCCAAGGCACCAGCCAUAGUCCAAACUGCAAAGGAGAGCAUCGGUGUCAGCGGGGGCGCAACCAACGAGCUGCCGGGCGAGGAAGCGAAGAAGCCCCAGGAUGAGUCGCCUAAGAAGUUUCUCACCAAGCGCAGUUCGAGCAAGAGCCACGUCAUACCUGCCGCCAUCACACAGGUCAACGUCUCUUCAGACGGUCUAGUCGAAGACAUGCCGAAACCAGCCCCGAAGCCAGAGAGCGUCGAAGAACCACCUACACCCACGACCGUUGACGAGCCUCCAUUGCCCCCCGAACCGCCGGCGUCACAGACUGCUGCCGCUGCAAGCACAUGGGGAUGGAGAAGUUGGUGGUCACGGCCAGAUGGAUAUACUGAAGCUGGGAAAGCCACCACUGAGGCAAAGGCGACCGUCGAAGCGGCGUCUACCACCCCAUUACCUGGACCUACCCCCUCAGAAGAGCCAGAUGCUCAGGCCAAGGGCUUGGACGCUAUUGAAACACCAGCAAAAACCGAUGAGAAUGGAGAUACUGAAAUGAAGGAUGCUCCUGAACCACCAUCUACCCAAGAAGCACAAACCGAGGCCCCGCCUUCUACUACCAAACGCUUAGCAAAGGCCUCUUCUGGAUCUUGGUUCUGGAUGCGGAGUAGUGCACAGAAUGCUCAGGCCAAUUCACCUCCUGUCGAGCCGCCACCUCAAGAAGCCGGCUCACAUAUUCCAGACCAGACAUCUCAGCCGGCCCCUCAAGCACCGACCGAGAUAGCUCAACCGGCCAAGACGACUGAGACAGCACCUGCUCAGCAAGCACCUGCUCAAGAGACACCUGCUGCGGCUGAUCCUGUUGCUGCUGCACCUGUUACUGCCGAGCCUGCUACGCCCAAUGAUGCUGGCCCUACCGCACAAACAUCCAAACCCUCGAAACCGUCAGCUUGGGCGUUUUGGUACAGAGGCAAGCCAGAAGAUGAGAAGAAGCCGGGCGAUGCUGGCCCACAAAAACAUGUGGGUGAGGUAGCUGUCUUCGAUACCCCUUCGCAAUCACACCCCGAGGCUGCGCAGUUCAACGAGCAGGAGCAGUCAAAUUCUGACCAAGAACCCCCUAAAGAAUCGCAAAAACCGCCCGAGGAGAAACCCAUACCUAGGAAAUCAUUUCCAUCACUACGAGGUCGCCCAAAGACAAAGGCUGCAGCGAAAGACACACCGGCUGAUACUCCCAGUUCCAGCAAAGCAAAUACUCCAACCAAGACAUCUCCAGUGCGUGAGCCUACAAAGUCCGAGACAGCCCCCGCUUCUCAGCUCACCCCGAAACAAACAGGAAAGGGCAAACAGGAACCGCCAAAUCUCUUGUUGCCAGAGUUUAGAAACACUUACCAAAUGGUGCAGCAGCCAAAUUUCUGGAAACAAAUUCGCCAAUACUUCCUUGGAGGCGAGGUUGGAGCCCCUCAUCUGCACAUUAAUCCUGCACCGCCAAGGAUCAAGAAGGCUGUAGCCAUUGGUGUCCAUGGCUUCUUCCCUGCGCCCAUCAUCCAAAAAGUGCUGGGUCAGCCCACCGGUACAUCGAUCCGAUUCGCAAAUGCCGCGGCAGCAGCUAUCAAAGACUGGACCGAGGCGCGUGGGUACACACCAGAGAUUGAGCAGAUUGCGUUGGAGGGUGAAGGCUUCAUCGCCGAACGCGUCAACUCGCUGUGGAAGCUGCUACUCAACUGGAUUGACCACAUCAAACAAGCAGACUUCAUUCUUGUAGCAUGCCACUCCCAGGGCGUGCCAGUUGCAAUGAUGCUUGUGGCCAAGCUGAUCCAGUUUGGCUGUGUCAAUGCUACAAGAAUCGGAGUAUGUGCCAUGGCUGGUGUCAACAUGGGCCCUUUUAUUGAGUAUAAAACGAAAUACUUUGGUCCCACGGCUGCGGAGCUAUUUGAGUUCACGAAUCCUAAGAGUCUCGUCAGCCAGAUGUACCUCGCUGCCCUGGAUGAGGUUCUGCGAUCCGGAGUGCGUAUACUAUACGUUGGCAGCAUCGACGACCAACUAGUAUCACUCGAAUCGUCCACAUUCUCAACCCUUUCACAUCCCUAUAUUUACCGUGCCGUAUUCGUAGACGGCCGCAUCCACGCGCCCGACUUCCUCACCCACCUCGUUGGCUUCACACUCAAACUACGCAACCUGGGGCUUCCUGACCACGGGCUCAUCCGCGAACUCUCACCUGCAUUAGCUGGUUCACUCUACGGCGGUGAAGGCCACUCCCGCGUCUACGAGGAUCCGGCUGUAUACGCCCUCGCUGUCCAACACGCCCUCGAAACAACGUCCCUCCCUAUCUCCUCAAGCAAAGAGCGUCCUUCGACUGCAGGAAGUUUCCAAGGCAUCAAUAUCCCUAUUAUCGGGGAGAAGCUGAGCACGGGUAAGAAGGAAGAUGUGUUCAAGCUUCGAGUACAAGAGUACGAACCAAGCGGCAGUUCGACGAAUCCAAAUCCCUUUUUUCUGCCUUGGGCUAUGAGAGGCUUGCUGGAAGAGGAUGUUGUGAAGAAGGAGCUUGGGCAUGAGGUCGAGAGCUUACUUGGCUUGUUUGAGAAGUGGAAACCUACGGGCAAGCAGUUGAAGGAUGUCAAGUUUAGACUUGAGGGAGUGAGGAGUAAGCUGUAA